UAAGCUGAACUAAUGGCCAGGCGAUACGCCACAGAUCUUAGAUCACAUUUGACCCUCGGGACCAUGCGUCGCCGUGCCAGCAAUCCUUGCUGUCGGUGCAGAAAUUUAAAAAUAAAAUCAUAGUCAACGAUCGAGAGUGUGUUGGAAAGUUACUGAAGAAAUCAGUGUGAAGGGAAUUUGUAGCGGGUUGACACGCGGUAGCAGAGACCUACAGACUCAUUUACCACCGGUCGCUGUCAACGCUGGUGUGUGUGUAAAUAGUUUGACCAGUCGUCCUGUCAACGUCUGGUUGUCGACAGCUUCUGCUUGCAAGCUGGCCGACCUACAGAUUUUUAUUGCUUUGACACUGAGUUCGUUUGGUGACAUCAGUGUAUAUACUUCCCCUUUUGCGCAAAAGAAAAACAGUUUUCGCGGGAAGUUUCCUCGCUCAUCACAUAUCGCUUUCACUGGACAUUCUUGCGGUUGUCUUCCUUGAGACGAUCGUCGAGCAUCGGCAUGGCGACUGACGUCACCAGUCUGUGGCACACCAUUGACGACGACAUCACAUUCGAGCGCGUGCGUCACAUGCCCCGCCGCACGCAGUUCGUCAGCAACCACCGGAAGCUUUCCUGGCAGUUCGACAAGGAGCUGAAGCAAGUGGAGCGGGACAUGCGACUCAGCACGGUGGAAAUUGGUCGCGCACAAUCCCUCAUGACCGAGAAGCUGACGCGACUGCAGGACACCAAGAAGCAGCUGGUAAUCAAGAAGAUGGGUGGAGACAGCAGGUGCAACAGUGAGCCGUGCCUAUCUUUUACUGACUCACGUCUGCAAAACGAACAGCCAGAACUCCAUGCACAUGCUCCUACAGCUUCUUUGUUUGCGCAUGACAACUCGAAUGCUUCAAAAGUAGGAAACGCCAAAGCUGGUACUCUGACGGUGAAGCCGCAGUAUUUCGGGCAAAAUGAUAUUCGGAAAGCAGGCUUUCUGGAGGGAGAGACGAAAGGUUUGAAGCUUGCUGCUUCUCUGAAACAAAGUUUGUGCAAAAUGGUAGGCACUGACAGUGCUCGCUUUCCCAACCGUCUUCAAAAGCGCUCCAACAAGAAAUAACAUCCAUGUAGCGUUCACACACAAGACAGUCAGAUUUGGUAAGGUUUUUUAACAUACAGAAUUCGUGAUGUGUCACAGUCAGCUAACCCUGAGCGAAAAUGCCAGUAAGAGGACGAACAUCUCAUCCCUGCUGAGUAGUAGUUUGGUGCGAUGUUACAGUGCUAGUCAACAGACAGGCAUCACUGCUUAUCCAGCUCGUCACUGAUCAAACAGUCCAACCCUGUAAACAAUGCGUUUGUGUGUGUGUGUGUUUUCUUUGUCUUUCCCUCGUUUCCUUUUAGUUUCUUAUGGUUUUGUGUUCUAUUCAUGUACUUUUGAAGAACACCUUUCCUGCAAUAAAUGACAAAGUCCUACAGCGGCUAUCAAACUGGAAAUGCCAAUUAUGUGCAGAUUACAUCUAGAAUUGGGAGGAAUCAUAAACAUGAGCCUUUUCUGCUUUGUCCUGUUUGUUAUUAUUAAUUUAGAACGCAGUGGGGAAAUGAUCAGCUCACUUUAUUCCUGAGAUCACAUGAGGUAAUGCAUCGUGUUCCAUCGUUUGAGGAUUCAUGGAGAUGGUAAUAUAUUUCUCAGAGGUUUCCGGAAAUGUCAUGUGUAUGCAUUUAAAGAAAUGACAAAGGUUUGUUACUCAUACUUGUAAGAAAGGGGUAGACUGCCAGACUGAGCUAAGUUCAUAAUUACAGAGAAACUUCAAAGAAUGUAACUUCCAAUUCUUUUGGGGUAUUUCUGCAACACGUUUGUUUGAUCAUUACCUUAGGACUUUACAAUUUUCACUAUCGACAUUAAUCAUUAAUCACUUGUAAGUACGGUUGUACCUAUGUAUCAGUGCCUGUGUAAUUUGCGCACACUGAGUUCCCUUGAGCGCCUUUGAGUGGAUUUGUAAUACCACGAAAUACCCGGGUAGUACUCGAGGACUGACUCGUUCUGGCAACUCCUAAGCUUGUGGCGUACACACUGAAAGAAGAACUUCUCUGGAAAUUAAACUGACUUUUUGUUGAACGUGUAAAGUACGUGUAUAUUUUUGCUUACUACAGAAAAGGUUUUACAAAUAAUUCCAUCUCUCACUAGACAAGUAGCUGACACGCCUUUGCGCAAGAAAAAACAAACAAACAAAAACAAAUCAAACUUACCAUUUGAAGUGGGAUCUAUCGCCCCACAAACUUGAAUUUUAUGAUCGCUGUAAGGUUGGAAGAGGAAGUGGAAAGCCGAGUAGUUAGAGCAGCGGCGUAGGAAUCGAGAGACCCCGUUUCGAUAUUCGUGUCGCUCAGUCAUUUUCCCCCAGUCGACCUGUUAUCAGGGCGGACUGCCCGAGUCGUCAUCGAAUUGGUACCUGGCUAUACAGAGGGUUGGGGAAGGGAGAGAGGAUGGCCAUCGCACUCACGUAAAGCUGGCCCCGAGAAAGGAAAGGUCUGUAACACUUUCCUUCCCGACGACCUAAAACAGGUUAGGGGACGACCGUUGCUUUAAAAGAUGACUGAUAUUUUGCCCAUCAAAACAGCAAAAUGAAAUUCACAAUUUGAAGUGGGAUCUAUCGCUAUUAUUGGAGCCUAAAAGUUGUCUGAUACUUUGCCACAGCAAUCGUCGAGUAUAGUAGAGGGAAACAGUGUAUAUUUGGAUCACUUGUUGAUCACUUGUUGAAACAAGCUUAAAUCGUUUGGUCUGUGUGCUGUUACCUGACAAGCACGAUAUAGCCCCGUGACCUGUGACACAGAUACCCCACAAAGUGAUUUCGCGUGCUUCUGUAUAAAGCAGCCCCGUCAUCUGUAUAUUAUUGGAAUAGCAGGGACAGUCAUCUAACUCGAUUCUCAUCAAACUUACCUGUUAACAACGUGCCGAUGUCAAAUAUUUGAAAUUAAAGAGUA